ACAAUACUCUCCUUGUUUAUACUUUACUCUUGAUCCCUUUUGCAUCCAAUAAGGAUCUCAGAUUUUGAAUCACUAAUGCUCUUGUCGUGACAAAAACUAUUUCAGAGAUUCCAAGUUGAGAGAAGAAGAGAGCAGAACAAAAAUCUAUUUCUGGUUUGUUUAUUUUUGAGAAAUGAAGUUUAUGAAACUUGGAUCCAAACCGGAUUCGUUUCAGUCUGAUGAAGAUUGCAUAAGAUAUGUAGCAACGGAGUUAGCGACUGAUGUAGUUGUAAAUGUUGGAGACGUGAAAUUCUAUCUUCAUAAGUUCCCUCUUCUGUCCAAGAGUGCUCGUCUUCAGAAGUUGAUCGCCACAACCACGACGGAUGAACAAUCUGAUGAUGAAAUCCGCAUUCCCGAUAUCCCGGGAGGGCCUCCAGCGUUUGAAAUAUGCGCGAAAUUCUGUUACGGAAUGACUGUAACUCUCAACGCAUACAAUGUUGUAGCUGUGCGUUGCGCUGCUGAGUAUCUCGAGAUGUAUGAAUCGAUUGAAAGCGGGAAUCUUGUUUACAAGAUCGAGGUUUUCUUGAACUCGAGUGUUUUAAGAAGCUGGAAAGACUCCAUCAUAGUUCUCCAGACGACUAGAUCAUUUUAUCCAUGGUCCGAAGAUGUGAAAAUCGAUGUACGGUGUUUGGAGUCAAUCGCUUUGAAAGCUGCUAUGGAUCCAGCAAGAGUGGAUUGGUCUUAUACGUAUAACCGAAGAAAGCUUAUUCCGCCUGAGAUUAACAACAAUGGUGUACCAAGAGACUGGUGGAUCGAGGAUCUCGCCGAGCUUAGUAUUGAUUUAUUCAAAAGAGUGAUUUGGACUAUCAGACGAAAAGGCGGGGUUAUUCCUGAGGUUAUCGGAGAAGCUCUUGAGGUAUAUGCAGCGAAGAGAAUUCCUUGUUUCAUGAUUCAAAACGAUGAUAAUGAUGAUGAAGAUGUGAUGGAAGAAAGAUCUUUGUUGGAGACAUUGGUUUCGAUGUUGCCUAGUGAGAAACAGAGUGUUUCUUGUGGAUUCUUGAUCAAGCUAUUGAAAUGUUCUGUUUCUUUGGAAUGCGGAGAAGAAGAGAGGAAAGAGUUAAGUAGAAGAAUCGGAGAGAAGUUAGAGGAAGCAAAUGUAGCUGAUCUCUUGAUCAGAGCUCCAGAGGGAGGUGAAACAGUCUAUGACAUUGACAUUGUUGAAACCUUAAUCGAUGAGUUCGUUACACAGACACAGAAAAGAGACGAGCUUGACUGUUCAGACGACAUCAACGAAGGAAAUGGGUUUGUUUCAGACAGUUCAAAAGCAAAUGUCGCCAAGUUAAUCGAUGGAUACUUAGCUGAAAUCUCCAGAAUCGAACCCAAUUUGUCUCCUUUAAAGUUCAUCACAGUAGCAGAAAAAGUUUCGAAUUUCCCAAGAUCAUCACACGAUGGUGUUUAUCGUGCCAUUGACAUGUUCUUGAAGCAACAUCCAGGAAUAACAAAGAGCGAGAAGAAAUCGAUAAGCCGAUUAAUGGAUUGCCGGAAAUUAUCACCGGAGGCUUGUGCUCACGCCGUGCAAAACGAGAGGUUACCAUUACGAGUCGUUGUGCAGAUACUCUUCUUCGAGCAAGUUCGUGCCACUUGUCCCACCACGAAACCUUCUCUUCCACCGAGCGGCUCUCACGGGAGCUCGAGGACAACGACGGAAGAAGAGUGUGACUCAGUCACGGCCACGGAGGAGACGACGACGAGAGACAAGACGAGUAGUUCUGAGAAGAGUAAAGCUAAAGGAGUUGUAAUGUCUCGGAUUUUCUCGAAGCUUUGGACAGGUAAAGAUAAAGAUGGUGUCGGAGAUCUUAGUAGCUCAGAUACAUCUGAAAGUCCUGGCUCAGUCACUACCGUCGGUGAUAAAUCGACGCCGUCGACUCGCCGGAGAAGAUCAUCGUCUUGACUUUAGACAAAUUGGGCUUUUUUAAAUUAGGGCUUUUCUUUAAGCUAACUUUGCUUUAGAUCAAAUUUGGGUUUUUGUUUUGGUUAUUAUAACCCAAAGUCAUUGGUUAUGUAACCGUUACAAUUUUGAGAAAUCCAAAUUCUAAUGUUGCCUUUUGUUUUGUCUACUAGAAUUCUACUAAUUUUAUCUCUAUCCCUUUUCUUUUUAACUCAUAAAAAAAGGUAAACAAGAAUGUCAAGAAAAUCUUUUGAAGAUU